AUAAAAAAUAUAUAAGUCUAGGAAUUUUCUGCAACAAAUCGGUGUGGAGAUUUUUUUUUCCAUUAUGGAAAUACGGAGUAUAAUCUUAUCAAGUUACGUAGUAAUUUAUAUAUUUAUAUUUGUGUGUUCAACUAACUGUGCAUCAUAGACGCAGCAUACGCAUCAAUAUUAAUCUCAGCACCGACCGGAGUAAAGUAUCAUCAACUCGGAGUUCCAGAUUGUCAUGGCACUCUUCACUCUUUGAUCCAUCUCAACUGUCCCAUCAUCAUUCUUCACAGCCUCAGAUCUGAUCUUUACACCUCCAAACAUCAUUCCCCAAAUUAUUCUACUCUGAGAAUCACUUCAUCAACUCCUGUUAAUAACAUCCGAUUCACAAAGAUUCGAGGCGUUCGAGAUCGGAGAUCUAAACCCUAGAAUAUCAUCACUGCUUCGCUACUCUCAAAUCAAGGUCAAUUUCAAAUUCUUAUACAUGUACAAUAUCUCCUUUUGUGUAAAACUCUGUUUUGAUUUGAUUGAUUGAAUUAGUGAUAGCAAUAACAAUGUCAUCCUUUUUACAUCAAAGGCCACUGAACAACGUUCUCUCAGACCCUUACCCACUGUCCCCUCGUUCUACAACUAAUUACCAAAAACCCGUCACCAUUUUCAGUCGAACUGGUCUCUUAGUACUGGUAAGUCUACUGGUAAUUUUGGGGGUUCUCAGUCCAUGGAUUGGUAUGCCUGAAGGUCUUUUUAGUACUUCCCGAGUGUCGGUGUCGAAAUGGAGGGACUAUACAUUGGUUGAGGCUGUGUCCAAUGUGGCGAAAAAUGGGACGGUUAUAGUUUGUGCUGUGAGUCAGCCUUACUUGCCCUUUUUGAACAAUUGGUUGAUUAGCAUUGUGAGGCAAAAGCAACACGAGAAGGUGCUAGUGAUUGCCGAGGACUAUGCCACGCUUUAUGCUGUGAAUGAGAAAUGGCCUGGCCAUGCCGUGCUCAUCCCACCGGCACCAGAUGCUCAAACUGCUCAUAAGUUUGGCUCCCAGGGAUUCUUCAAUUUUACAUCCCGAAGGCCUCGACACCUGCUGCAUAUUUUGGAGCUUGGUUAUAAUGUUAUGUAUAAUGAUGUUGAUAUGGUCUGGUUAGCUGAUCCAUUUCCGCAUUUGCAAGGCGAGCAUGAUGUUUACUUCACAGAUGACAUGACUGCAGUGAAACCUCUGAAUCACUCUCAUGAUUUGCCACCUCCGGGGAAAAAAGGGCGGACUUACAUUUGCAGCUGCAUGAUUUACUUGCGCCCAACUAAAGGAGCAAAACUAGUGAUGAAAAAGUGGAUUGAAGAACUUCAAGCUCAGCCAUGGUCCAAAGCAAAGAAAGCCAAUGACCAGCCUGCUUUUAACUGGGCAUUAAACAAAACUGCAGGACAGGUGGAUCUGUAUCUGCUUCCGCAGGCAGCAUUUCCAACAGGGGGAUUAUACUUCAAGAACGAGACUUGGGUUCAGGAAACCAAGGGAAUGCAUGUUAUCAUUCAUAAUAAUUACAUUACAGGUUUUGAUAAGAAGAUAAAGCGGUUCCAUGAUUUUGGUCUUUGGUUGGUGGAUGAUCACGCCUUGGAGUCCCCACUCGGAAGAUUAUAAUGAGAUUAUGAACUUUUAGAAUGGAUGGGUUGAAGGACCUUACAAUCUGUUUCUGCAUAGCCGAAGCAGUCUUCUUUUGCCAAACUUGCAAUGCCAUUUGCCAAUUAGCUCAUGUUUUUUGCACUCGCGAAGGAUGCCAUGCAUCGUCAGCUAAUCAAAUUUUCCUGAAUCAGUAAUUUCUGAUUCUCUUCAAAACAUUGAGCCUAUUUUGUUUCCUUCACUAUUGCCCUGGAUUCUUCAAGCUUGAAGAAUUAAUUUUUUCCAUACAGAAUGUGUAUUGAUUUCUCUUCCUUGGGGAAUAUAUUAUUAUAUUUAAAACUGCUUGAUCACCCAGUUCAGCUACUUAUACCAGUUGGAUUGAUGCUCCA